AUGGUCUCCAAAAUUUCCAUAAUUUCUCUCAUUUUUAUACUUCUAACUCUUCAAAAUAAUUAUGCAGAAGUCCUAAAAAUGAUGAAAAUCUUUGGAAAAGUGCUAGAUUUUGAUUUAAAAGAUGCAGAAACAGAUGAGAAUUGUACGCAGACAUGUUUUUCGGAUUCAGAUUGUAUUUUGGCAUUUUUCAAUGAAGAAUCGAAUUGUCAAUUAUUUUUUUACAAUUCGACGGAAACUUUGAAAGUUGAGGAAACCAAUCGAGACGAUGGAUUCUUUGUGGCUUUUAAGACAAAUCUCUCCACAUCAGAUCUGGAAUAUUGUCCAAUUGAAUCUGAAAUUUCUACGAAAAUCUUCCUAGGAGAGGAUCCAAUUUCAUGGACCAAGACCUCCGAUUCCACGUGGCAAUUCAAAAAAUGUGUGGGAAAUUGGAAAAUGUUCAAAAGAUCCGAUCCAGAGAUUAUUGUAUGUAUGCAGGUGUUUUUAACUGGGACCGGGACGACUCAAAAGGAAGCAAAGGACUACUGUAGUUCAAUGGGAAAAUUAGUAACAGGUGUGGCAACUGUUGAAGAGCCUAAAUGGAUUUUCAAACUUCGGGGUUGGCUUCCAGAAGUUGGUUCAUUCAAAGGAAUCUGGAUAGAUGGGGAGAGGAAAACUCUAGAAAAGAUAAGUUUCACAUGGACCGAUGGAUAUACAGAGGGAUAUGGAGCAUUUGAAUCCGAUAACGGUUGGCUAUCUCUUACCAAUACGAAAGGAGAACCCGAGAACUGUUUGGCUGUGUCUAUUACACAUGGUAGGAACGCAAGGAUUAAUGAUGUCGUAUGUGGAAUAGGAACCGGAAAUGAAUUGGGCGUGGCUUGUGGAUAUAAACUUGAAUAA